AUGGCAACUCUCGAUCGCAAUGCCACAUCCAUUAUCGACCAGCUACAGAGCGCAACCGCACGCCAACGCAAGGUUAUACAACAAAUGCACGCCGAGCAAGCCAAGCUCCUCGCCGAUCUCGUCGAGGUGCGACGCGAGCGCGACGCUUUUCGUAACGAGGCAGCCGGCUUUCGCAGGGACCUAGCAGAGAUGCACAAUCGCUACGACGAAGUCGUGACCGAGUAUCUCGACAUCAAACGAGAGCGUCUACAGCUCCUUUGCUCAAGGAGCACCUCUGAGUCCAACGAUAAAUAUAAUGGUCACGCGGACAAUGGGACUCGAACUCCGGAUCGGGCCUCAGGGACGCUGAAGAGGCAAAGAAGUGGGACCAAGGUGAUUAUCCUAUCCCUGGCGUGGUGA